AUGGAGGUGGGGGUUCUGCACCUUGGGGUGGGGGAUGCAGCAUCCCUGCUUCCCAUGGCUAUGAUUAGUCUACCCUUGAGAGUGAAAAUGAACCACAAUUAUGAGGUGACUGUAAUCACUGGUGACAGUGAUCAGGCCAACACUUACAACAACGUCUUCAUCACGCUGGUCGACACAGAUGGGAGGAAGAGCGAACAAACAUGGCUUCGCAGUAAGCAUGGAAUGAGCGCCUUCAGCAUUGGAGCUGUGUCUACCUUCACUGUGUCCUCUCCUGCUCCCCUUGGCAAGUUGAUCAUGAUAGAGGUAAACAAACAGCCUAACCCUCCAUUCCCUGAAGUCUCCUGGUUCCUUUCCCAGGUUAAAGUCAAAUCUCCAACGGGAGACACCUACAAUUUUCCUGUCUACCGCUGGAUCGCUGACAGCAAGGUUCAUCAGUUCAGAGAAGCAAGAGCUUUGAAAGCAUCUGAAGACACCACUGUUACUGGCAUGGACUGGAGGAAGAAAGACCUGACACAGAGAAAGGAAGACUACUCUUGGCGUGUGUUUAUAGAUGGAAUAGCCCACUGCGUAAAAGCAGACAGCAUUUGGGAUUUGCCUUGGGAGAUACGUUCCACCUUCACCAGGGGUAUGGAGAUGGGAUUCACUUUAAAAGCAGGAAUGUUGGAACUGAAGCUGAAGGGACUGGAUGACUGCCAGGAGAACUGGACCAAUAUUGAAAACAUUAACAAUGUGUUCAGCUUUAGACACACAGAGUUAUCAGAUUAUGUCCACAAACAUUGGAAGGACAACCACUUCUUUGGCUACCAGUUCCUAAAUGGUAUCAACCCCAUGAUGAUCCAACGUUGUGAAGUCCUGCCUGAGAACUUCCCUGUCACUGAUAGCAUGGUUUUCCCCAAAUUAAAGGAUGAAAUGAAGAAAGGCAACAUGUUCCUGUGUGACUACAAGCUUUUGGAUGGAGUGAAGACGAACACCAUCAAUAACACGCAGCAGUACCUGGCGGCUCCUCUCGUCCUACUCCACAGAACUCCUGAUGAUAAGCUGAUGCCCAUUGCUAUUCAGCUGAAGCAGAAAGCAGGAGAAAACAAUCCCAUCUUUUUGCAAACUGACUCCAAGUAUGACUGGUUGACAGCCAAGAUUUUUGUGAAAGGCGCAGAGUUCAACAUGCAUCAACUCAAUUUUCACCUCCUGCGCACUCACCUGCUGGCUGAAGUGUUUGCAGUGUCACUGCUGCGCAACCUGCAUAUGGUACAUCCACUGUACAAGCUCCUCUUUCCUCACAUCCACUUCACUCUCCAGAUCAACUUCUUAGCCCGAAACUUACUUGUAUCAAAAGAUGGAGUUUUCACAAAGUUUACAGCUUCUGGUGGAGAAGGUAUGAUCACAAUCUUGAAGAGAGCACAGUCCUCAAUGACCUACAGCUCCCUCUGCAUACCAGAUGACAUCACUGAGCGUGGACUGGACUCUUUACCAAACUUCUACUACAGAGAUGAUGGACUCAAGCUGUGGGACAUCAUCCACCGGUUUGUGCAGGGUCUGCUUGGACACUACUACGAGGAUGAUGCUGCGGUCCAGGACGACUCCGAACUGCAGAGCUGGAUUCAGGAAAUCUUUAAACAUGGAUUCCUUUCAAAAGACGAUGCAGGAUUUCCAAGCAGUUUCUGCACUGUGGCUGAGAUGGUCAAGUUUGUCACCAUGGUGAUUUUUACCUGCUCAUGUCAACACUCUGCUGUCAACUCUGGACAGUUUGACUACGGUGGUUGGAUGCCGAACGCUCCCCGCUCUCUGCAACAGCGUCCACCUACCAGAAAAGGAACAACGAGUAAGGCCACCAUGCUGCAGACGUUCCCCAACAUCAGCACAACAGUUCAUGGCAUGGCCGCCGCGUGGCUCCUCAGCAGACAAUACUCUGACUUCAUCCCUCUUGGCCAUUAUUCAGAGGAGCAUUUCACUGAGGAGAUUCCCCACAAGUGGAUUUGUGGCUUUCAAGAAGACCUUAAAAGUUUAAGUAAAGAUAUCAAGGAAAGAAACAAGAAGCUGACCAUCCCAUACACAUACCUGGACCCAGAAAAGGUGGAAAAUAGUGUAGCCCUUUAA